CUCCUACACUUCCCCAUAAAGCUUUGACAUCUUGGAUCAGCUGUUGGUCCGUAGAACGGAGCUAUGAAUGAACAGCUGUGAAGAAAGGGCUUUACAAUAGAGAGACAGCGAAAGGAUCCGUGUCAUGAUGGUGCUCGUAUUGAUUGUCGCAGGUCUUGGGGUGGUCGCACUGCUCAUGGUUUUAUUCGCACCCCACAUUAGGAAAUACUCAGCAGGUGGAGCAUGUAUGUCUAUGGCUCGGCUGGACGGGAAGACAGUCCUGAUUACCGGAGCCAACACUGGUAUUGGGAAGGAGACUGCCCUGGACCUGGCUAUCAGAGGUGCGAGGGUGAUCAUGGCGUGUAGGGAUGUGGAGAAGGGCGAGGAGGCCGCAGCAUUUAUACGACGCAUCUACUGCAAGGCGAACGUAGAAGUCCGAGAGCUAGACCUGGCUGAUACCAGCUCCAUACGGGUCUUCGCACAACGCUUCCUCCGAGAGGUCAACCACCUCCACAUCCUGAUCAACAAUGCUGGGGUCAUGAUGUGUCCCUACAUGAAGACCAAGGACGGUUUCGAGAUGCAGCUGGGGGUCAACCACCUGGGUCACUUCCUGUUGACGUACCUGCUGAUUGGCCUGCUAAAGCGGAGUGCUCCGGCCCGCAUCGUCGUGGUUUCUUCCCUGGCUCAUAACUUUGGCUGGAUCCGCUUCCAUGACCUCCUCAGCCAGGGCAGCUACAACAGCGGCCUUGCGUACUGCCAGAGCAAGCUGGCCAACGUCCUGUUUGCUAGGGAGCUGGCCCGCAGACUCAACGGUUCCAGUGUGACGGUGAACUCUGUCCACCCGGGGUCGGUACGCUCAGACCUGGUUCGCCACUCCACCGUCAUGUCUCUGCUGUUCUCUCUGUUCUCCAUGUUCCUGAAGAGCCCUCGGGACGGGGCCCAGACAUCCAUCUACUGCGCCGUGGCAGAGGAGCUGCACUCUCUCACCGGGAAACACUUCAGUGACUGCGCGCCGGCCUUCGUGGCUCCCCAGGGGAGGAAGGAGGAGACAGCCAAGAAGCUGUGGGACGCCAGCAGUGAGCUCCUGGGCAUCGUCUGGGACGACUGAUCUGAACCAUCCUGUUAUCACUAUCCACACAGCUUGCAUCAUCAAGUGCACCCUAUUUCCUUUUUUAUAGUGCACUACUUUUGACCAGGACCCACAACCUUGUUCCCUUGUCUCAAUUGUUUCCGCUUAGGAAAGAGCCGGCUAGAUGAAAUUACAGCCCACGGGCUCUGGUCAAAAGUAGUGAACUAUAGAUUAGGGCUCACGCUAUAUAUAUAUAGUGUGCCAUUGGUGAAGCAACUAUGCUCUCUGUUCUCAAAUCAUUAUCAUUUCAUGACAUUAAUUAACCUUAAACUACAGUUUUCCCAACGGGACUUGAGGAAUUUGGUAGGAACCAUAGAGGUUGAAAGAUGCCAUAAUGGCACAGAGAUGAGUCUUCUAUCUCUAUGGUAGUAACUGUAAAAUGAGUCCUCUAUCUAUCUCUAUGGUAGUAACUGUAAGAUCAAAUGCAUUACUGUACUGUGAAGGGUCUAGUCAGGGCGUAACCGGGUCUAGUCAGGGCGUAACCGGGUCUAGUCAGGGCGUAACCGGGUCUAGCCAGGGCGUAACCGGGUCUAGCCAGGGCGUAACCGGGUCUAGCCAGGGCGUAACCGGGUCUAGCCAGGGCGUAACCGGGUCUAGCCAGGGUAUAUUACAAACCAUUUGUUUUAGUUUGUUUUGUAUCUUAUUAUAUUCCAAACCUCCGUGUAGAUUCAGCUUUGUUUGGUUGCUUUUAAGCUUGCCUCUUCUAAACCAUUGUAAGCUGUUAUUUUCUCUCCUGUUUCUUUAAUCUUUCCUCAAUUUCUUUUCCCCUCAGCAUUCAGCACAUGUGAAACUGCCAAGAUUGUCUUUUAUACAAAUGUGAAACAUGCCUUUUUCUACAUUUAGGGUUGGAAGAUUCCUGAAAUUAUGAAGGAACAGAAAGGAAAUCUGGGAAUCCUCCAACCAGGAAUUCUGGAAUUUGGGGAAAUUUUCCAGAAAUGUUUAACCCAACUACAUUAGUAGUCAUGUCAGGAGUUGAAUGUUUACAUCUACUGUAAAUAAAGAUCAAAUGUUACUA